CCUCUAUAAACACUGGAGUACAACAGACUACCUGUCUACACAAGAGAUUAGUCACGCUUUACUGGUUCCAGGUAUAGUGAACAGUCAAGGUCUGUUGGUCACUACAUGAUAAACCUUUUCAUGGUCUAGUGGCCAUGGUCAUCUAGUGAGACAGUCAGCCGAGGACAAUAGCUCAAGGCCAUGGUCUAGUGAAUCAAUAGGCUGACAGGAAAUCAAGGUCAGAUAAAACAGAUAGUGUACUACAGGUGUGAGAAAUAUUGUGUUUGAAGUUUAAACAUUGAAUACAAAUCUCCCUGAUCAGGAGACAAUUGGUCACUCACAAGCUUUUGAUCUUCUCACACCUUACAUAUUACACUCAUCAUCUUCUAACAUGGAUCCUUUGAUCUCAGAGAUAACUGACCAUAUAAUCUGGACAAAGAUGACCAAUGAGGUUCGUGGGGUAUAUAUAAGUAAGUAGACCCUUAGGAUGGUCAUUCAGCUGUUAAAUCACCUUCACAAGUCUGAGGACACACUUCUCACAUUAGUAUUCAGGAGUGAUAAUCACUUAAAUCAUGGACAAGACUUCAGGUAGAGGCCUUGGGGCUGACAUACAGAAACUUGUGACAAUACACAGAAAUGCUACAAGACAACUUCAUCUCAUAGACAUGCAAUUGGAAUCCCUCACCAAAAAAGUGUUCAAUGCCCAGGUGAAUGGAGAUCGGGGCCUGAUGUUGCAGUUACUGGCUCGCAAGUCAGUGUUGAAUGGAGUGAGGAGAGUCUUUAAUCAAUUCAUACAGAAUAAAGUUAGACAAAUAAUGGAGUUAUCUACCCUUACAUCCGAGGAACCAGACAUCAGCACAAUAGUAGAUAUAACAAGCCCUGUGUCAGGUCAUGUAUCGACCUCCGAUGAACUUGUACCAAACAUAACAGAAACUUCCAUUCUGUUUUCAAGAUGUAGUUAAUAGAUCCUUCAGAAAUGAACACAAGAAUAUUUAAUAUGUGAACUGGUCUAUAUAUGAUUUUUAUGUGGAGAACUUGAAGACCAGAAAUCCCGGACUAUAAAUAUUAAUUUAAAAAAAACUUUUUAUUAAUGGAGAAGAUUUCUGAAUAGGAUCCAAGCCAAGCUACAUCUUGGAUCGCUCACCGCCAAAUAAUCAGUUUAGUUAUGAUGCAUUUGUAUUUUUUUUUAUUAAUUUAUGGAUCAUUGAUAUCCUUGUUUUGUGCCAAAAGUUGCUAUUA